AUGCCCAGGGCAGCACGGCAGCACGCUGGAGCGCCCAGGGCAGCACGGCAGCAGCACAGCAGCACGCUGGCACGCCCAGAGCAGCACGGCAGCACGCUGGCAUGCCCAAGGCAGCACGGAAGCACGCAGGCACGCCCAGAGCAGCACGGCAGCACGCUGGCAUGCCCAGGGCAGCACGGUAGCACGCUGGAGCACCCAGGGCAGCACGGCAGCAGCACGCUGGCACGCCACGGCGGGUCAUCGUCGGGGCAAAAUAGGCGGUGGCCGCGGCGCCGUGCUAGGCGGGCGGGGCUACUGCCACAGCGGGCAAGGCAUCGUCGGGGCAAAUUAGGCGGCGGACAGGGACGCCGUUCUAAGCGGGCAGGGCAUCGUCAGGGCAAAUUAGGCGGCGGACAGGGAUGCCGUGCUAAGCGGGCAGGGUCACGUCGGGGCGACUUAGGCGGCGGACAGGGACGCCGUGCUAAGCGGGCAGGGCAUCGUCGGGGCGAAUUAGGCGGCGGCUCGGGGCGCCGUGCUAGGCGGGCGGGGCUACUGCCACGGUGGGCAAGGCAUCGUCCGGGCAAAUUAGGCGGCGGACAGGGACGCCGUGCUAAGCGGGCGGGGCCACGUCGGGGCGACUUAGGCGGCGGACAGGGACGCCGUGCUAAGCGGGCAGGGCAUCUUCGUGGCGAAUUAGGCGCCGUGCUAAGCAGGCGGGGCUAG